AUGAACAACCUGGCGUCACUGCUGAGCAAGCAAGGCGAUGUGGAAGGCGCACGAGGGCUGUGGCAAGAGGUGCUGAGCGUGAGGCGUCAGACGAUCGGCGGCCGGCACCCAGACACGCUCACUACGAUGUCGAAUUUGGCGUUUGCGCUCAAGGAGCAGAAUGACCUGUCUGGCGCCGUGCAGAUGAAGCGCGAGGUACUGUCGCUGAAGCGCGAGUGUCUGGGCGGCGAGCACCCUGACACCGCCGAUGAGAUG